AAUACACUUGGGAGGGAAUCCACUUCAACUCCUCAAGUCAUUUGGUGUGCACCUGCUGUGUGGCCAUUGGGCCAUGCGCCUUUCCUAAGAUGGCAGGACUGGUGAGACAUGAGCGACGCUUUGGAGCAAUUGGCAGAAGUACGAGCAGCUCAACGUGCGCUGGCUCUCGAGGUGGAGAACAGCAGAUCGGCGCAGCAGCGAGAAUUGGAAGGCCUUGCGGCCUCAGCCCUGGAACUCACCGAAGCCUUGCAGCAGCUCUCAGAUGAGGCUGAGCGCCGCGGCGCUUCCCGGGACCUGGCGGCCGCGCGGCGCCGGUCCUCUGAGCUUCAUAUGGAGCUACUUCUGGCGCAGGCAGAUACAGAUGGAGACUGUCAAGACGCUAAGCAGGUAGAUGAAGGACUGGAGCGGCGAAAGCUACAGGCCCUGGAAGACUUAAAGAUGGCCAAAGAAGAGGUCCAAGUUUAUGAGGACUGCUGCCAGCAGCUGCGCGCCGAGCUGCGAGCAGCGCAGGUU